CGCGGCGACGACGUCCCGAGCGAUCGCUUCGACGACCUCCGGAUCGUUGUUGACCCCUCGGCUUCGGCGCGGGACGACGGCGGGACGAUGACGUGCGAUGGCAAUCGCGACCGUCCGAGCGAUCGCGGCUUGCACAUCGUGGUUGCAUGAGCCGAGGUGGCAGCGUGGACGUGGCGACGGACACGCCGUCGAUGCCGGCGGUCGAGACGUUGCCCAUGGCGUUGAUACCGGUCACCGUGCUGCCUGUGACAACGGUGGCCUUGCCGGACGUGUGGUUGGCCACGCACGCGCUGUACGGCGUUGCACAGCGCGUGUGGUCGACGUUGUUCUUGGUGCGGGAAGAGUCAGCACGAG